UGGUGCCAAUGGGCGCAGGGCUAUCUAAUUAAACCCCUACCACGUAAUCCCAGCUACACCAUCCCCCCGUUUAAAUCCACUCCGCCGGCGCAUACCACUUAAACACAUUGCCCUCCCCUGCCGUCCUGUCCAGCCCAGGCUCCUGGAGGAGAGAAAGCUGCCACCACAGCAGCAGCACCAUCACUGAUGCCUGUCGCCUGCACGGUAUCAUGGUUUGAAGGGUUCGGCUGCUGUAGCCAGGGGCCACUAAGUCAGUCACUCAGCCUGCGCGUGUGUGGAUGUGUGUGAGCGUGCACUGACAAGCGGCAGUAAGAGCACGCGACCGGUCCAGCGACGCUGUUCAGCCAGGAGCUCCGGAGAAAGUCGCACAAGAGCGAGCCGAGACGAGCAUCUCUCUCUGUCCUGCAGCAGGGAUACCCUCCUCACCGGCACCGACACUGCCUCGCCUAUUCGGGUGUGAAAAGCAGCCUGGCUAGUGCUGUAGUCGCUGUUGUUGUCAAGGAAACCCAAAGUCCCAUCCCGUUGCCAUGGGGAAACAGAACAGCAAACUGCGGCCAGAGGUGUUGCAGGAUCUCCGUGAGAAUACCGAGUUCUCCGACCACGAGUUGCAGGAGUGGUACAAGGGUUUCUUGAAGGACUGCCCCAGUGGAACCUUGAAUGUGGAGGAAUUCAAGAAGAUCUACGCCAAUUUCUUCCCGUACGGCGAUGCCUCCAAGUUUGCCGAGCAUGUCUUCCGAACUUUUGACACCAACGCCGACGGGACAAUAGACUUCCGGGAGUUCAUCAUUGCCUUGAGUGUGACGUCACGAGGAAAGCUGGAGCAGAAGCUUAAAUGGGCCUUCAGUAUGUACGACCUGGAUGGAAAUGGGUAUAUCAGCCGCGAGGAAAUGCUGGAGAUUGUAGAGGCCAUCUACAAGAUGGUGUCAUCUGUGAUGAAGAUGCCAGAGGAUGAAUCCACGCCGGAGAAGAGGACGGAUAAGAUCUUCAGACAAAUGGACCUCAAUAAUGAUGGCAAGCUAUCCCUGGAGGAGUUUAUCAAAGGUGCCAAAAGUGACCCCUCCAUCGUUAGGCUACUCCAGUGUGACCCCAGCUCGGCCUCCCAGUUCUAAAACUGCCCCUACUGCAACCUUCUUUUUUUUUUUAUCCACAACUUUGCUCUGUUGCUCUAUUGAAACAGUCAAUCAAAUCAAUGCAUGAUGGUUCUCGUCUCUGAUAUCUUUCUGUUGUUGUUGUUACUGUGUGCAAGGAUGAUAGAGGAGGAUAAGGAAAGUCGUCACUGUCAUUUUACGUUUAUGUUUGGGAGAAUGAAGGGACUAGGUAUGACUGACAGAGACGCCUGCUAAUGUUCCAUAAUAUCUGUCUCUCUCUCUCUGGAGCGUUGGAUUUCCAAGGAGCUUGUGACGGCGUGUGGAUGUUUGUUUGUUUUUUUCUUUUUUCCGCAGGGAGAGGAAUCAGUUCCUACUCCUACACAUAUGCACAUGUAGAUGUACAUCAUGUAUAUACUGUACGCCUGUAUAUCAUAAGAUAAAGUGCAUCUGUCUUCAUAUAGGGGCGCACACUCUUUGCCAUUGAAAGGCAGUAUUAUGUAGCGUAGCUUCCUGGUGGUCCAUCUGAAUGGGCAGUUUAAGGGGGUGGGAUGGGGGCGGGGCUUGUACAUCAGAUUUCUUUGAUUUUUUUUUUUUUUUAUUUAAAAUGCUUUUUAUUUUCCUUUUG